ACACUAUAAAAUCUAGACGUGAAAUCUAUCCCAAGUCCAGUAACUAUUUCAUAUUGUAUCCCACGUUGGAACAUCCCACAUUUUAUUCCCAAAAUACCCCCUCUGUCUCUCUCCUAUCUCCAUCGUUAUUGUUAAUUUAGUAACAACUAUACCAGAGAGGGGUCUAAAAGUCAGUCUCGACCUUCAAUGGCGACCAUGGCCUCUCUCUGCAUCAAAACCUCAAACCCGUAUCACUUUGUACCCAGAACCCACAAAAGUCAUUUCAUUGCACCCCUCAAAACGUCCAUUUCUCUUCAUCCGAACAAGAGGACUCAUCAGAAGGCCCGAAUUUCUUGCGGGUUGAUCGACCCGGAUGGUGGGAAGCUUGUGGAGCUCUUCGUUGACGAGUCCAAGAGAGAUGAGAAGAAGAGACAAGCCUUGUCGAUGCCUCGAAUCAAGCUGUCUCGGGUUGAUAUUGAAUGGGUUCAUGUGCUCAGCGAGGGCUGGGCCAGCCCAUUAAACGGAUUCAUGAGAGAAUCCGAGUUCCUCCAAACACUUCAUUUCGGGUCGCUCCGACUCGACGACGGGUCAGUCGUUAACAUGUCGGUGCCGAUCGUGCUCGCCAUUGACGAUCUGCAGAAGAAUCGGAUUGGCGAGUCGAAAUCCGUUGCUCUCGUCGACUCCGACGAUAACCCGGUUGCUAUUUUGAGCAAUAUUGAGAUCUACAAACACAACAAAGAAGAAAGAAUUGCAAGAACAUGGGGUACCACUGCCCCUGGUCUUCCUUAUGUCGAUGAAGCUAUAACUAAUGCUGGAAACUGGCUGAUUGGCGGUGACUUGGAGGUUAUAGAACCAAUUAAGUAUCAUGAUGGUCUUGAUAGGUUCCGCAUGUCCCCUGCAAAACUUCGUGAGGAAUUUACUGCACGUGGUGCAGAUGCAGUUUUUGCUUUCCAGCUCAGAAAUCCUGUACACAACGGCCAUGCUUUGCUGAUGACUGACACUCGUCGUCGGCUUCUUGAGAUGGGCUAUAAGAACCCUGUCCUCUUGCUUCAUCCAUUGGGAGGCUACACAAAGGCUGAUGAUGUUCCACUAAGUUGGCGAAUGAAGCAACAUGAGAAGGUGCUUGAAGAUGGUAUUCUUGAUCCAGAGACUACUGUGGUAUCUAUAUUCCCAUCUCCUAUGCAUUAUGCUGGCCCCACUGAGGUGCAGUGGCAUGCAAAGGCUCGGAUUAACGCAGGGGCCAACUUUUACAUUGUGGGUCGGGACCCGGCUGGGAUGAGCCACCCAGUUGAAAAAAGAGAUUUAUAUGAUGCUGACCAUGGGAAGAAGGUACUGAGCAUGGCCCCUGGACUAGAGCGGCUAAACAUCCUCCCCUUCAAGGUGGCUGCAUAUGAUAAGACCCAGAGUAAAAUGGCAUUCUUCGAUCCCUCAAGGACUCAAGAUUUUCUCUUCAUCUCAGGCACCAAGAUGCGAACACUUGCAAAGAACAAGGAGAACCCUCCAGAUGGAUUUAUGUGCCCCGGUGGCUGGAAUGUCCUGCUCGAAUACUACGACAGUUUGGCUGCCGCUGAGACUGGCAAAGUCCCUGAAGCUAUUCCAGCUUGAAAGGAUUUGUAUUGGCAAAUGCUUGGGAGAAACAUUAAAUCUUAUUUAUCUCCAAUGCGUGGUUGGUUGGCUUUGAUGUUGUAAAGGUUUCAUGUCCACCUCUCUAAUAAAUUAUGCGAGGCGCUAUAGAGAUGCAGAACUUUGCCUCGCUCUGUAAUUAGAGCCAAAACGCUGUCACGAAUUGUAUAAUAUUGUGGUUGUAAAAUAGCUUGUCGAAUGCAGUUUUAAAUGAACAUGACCCAUAUGCUUUAA